AUGGCUUAUAGUGAUAAUGUACCAUUUGUUGUAAAUUUAAAAGAGAAACAUGCUAUUGAAUUGGAUAUUGUUGGAGGUAAAGGAGCAAAUUUGGCAAUAUUAUUUCAACGAGGAUUCAACGUUCCUGAUGCUUUUAUUAUAACUACAAGUGCUUUUCAAUAUAUGUUUAAUGAUCAACUAUCAAAAGAUACAAUAAUGAAGAUAAAUGAAAUAGAUGUUGAUAAUAUAAAAGAAUUGGAAAGUAUUAGUAAUAGUAUUCAGAAAACAAUUAGUACUGUAUCUUUACCAGAUGAUAUGGUAAACUUAAUAAUAGAACAUUAUAAUAUAUUAUGUAAGAAAAAUGAUAAAAUUAAUUUACAUGUUGCUAUAAGAAGUAGUGCUACUGCUGAAGAUUUACCUGAAAAUUCAUUUGCAGGACAGCAAGAUACUUAUUUACAUGUGACUAGAGAGAAUUUAAUUGAAAAAGUAAAAGAUUGUUGGGCAUCAUUAUAUACAAGUCGUGCAAUAUCAUAUAGACAAAAAUCAAAUAUUGAUCAUAAAGUAGUAAAAUUAGCCGUAAUUGUUCAAGAAAUGCUUCCUUCCGAAGCAUCUGGUGUUGUAUUUACAGCAAAUCCAAUUACAGGAUUAAGAAAUGAAGUAGUAAUUGAUUCAACAUUGGGUUUAGGUGAAGCUUUAGUAUCAGGUCUUGUAACACCAGAUCAUUAUGAAAUAUUAAUUGAUGAAAAUCAAUAUACAGAAAUACGUAUAAAAACUAUUGGAGAAAAAACUAUUUCUAUUGUUGGUAAAGCAGAUGGUGGUACUGAAACAUUAAUAACCAAUGAAAAUGAUAAGAAAAUAGAAGCAUUAUCUGAUAAAUAUAUUAUUGAACUUGCUAAAUUAGCAAAAGAAAUAGAAAAAAGUUAUAAUUAUCAACCACAAGAUAUAGAAUGGGGUUUUACAAAAGAAAAAUUAUAUGUUUUACAAACAAGACCUAUAACAACUUUAUUUCCAAUACCCAAACAGUGUCAAGAUCAAUCAGAUUUGAGGUGUAUGAUGUCAUUUGGUACUAUUCAAGGAUUUUUUGAACCAUUAACACCUUUAGGUGAAAGUACACUUCGUACAAUCCUUAGUAAUGGUAUGAGAGAAAUAGGUGCUAAUUCAAGUAACACCGUUGAAGAUGAUAUAUCCUCAAAUCCAUUAAAACAUAAUAUAGUUAAAGCAGCAGCUAAUCGUAUUUGGAUUGAUAUUACGAACAUGAUUACAUCACCAUUAGGAAUAACUUCUAAACUUUCAAUGGCUGAUACUGGAGUGGGUAAAAUUGUAAAUUAUCUUAUUUGUUCAAAACGUUUUCAAUCAAAAUCGUUUUUUGCAUCAUUAAGAUUUUUUGCAUCAUUUUUAUUCGUAGUAUCAGUUAUAAUUCCAAUUAUUUUCAAAUCAAUACGAAACUUUUUAUUUCCCCGAUAUGGAAAAAAAUUAUAUGAAAAUCAAAUUAAAAAAUAUCAUCAAUUUAUUGAUAAAGGAUUUGAAGAACAAAAUGAUCAUGAUUUUACUCAUUGUGUCAAUCAUUUUAUAAAUAUUUUGUUAAGAUUUGCACCAACUAUGGUAAAAUAUGCUGCGCCUUGUAUUUUACCUGCAGUAUUUUCUUUAAAUAUACUAGAAAAAAUAGCAAAAGAUCCAAUUGAUGCUCUUGCAUUGACACGUGCCGUUGAGUCAAAUCCAACAACAGAAAUGAAUCUUAUUUUAUGGAAACUAACCGUAUUAAUAAGACAAAAUGUUCAGACAUUAAAAUUAUUUGAACAAAAAACAAUAAAUGAUUUAGCAGAUAUGUACCAAAAUCAACUAUUUGAUGAUAAUAUUCAAUUAGAAAUGAAUCAAUUUUUUCAAAAUUAUGGUUGUCGUGGUAUCGGAGAAAUUGAUAUUGGCCGUAAACGAUGGUCUGAUGAACCACAAUUAGUUAUUCAACAAAUUAAAAAUUAUUUACAAAUUAUUAAUCCUGAUAAAGCUCUUAAUAAAAUACACGAGCAAAGUAAACAAAGUGCAUAUGAUACUUUAAAUCGUAUAGAAAAUCAAUUAAAAUGGCCCUUUAUUCAAAGACCUAUAUUAAAUUUAUUUUUUAAUAGAUUAAAAAUUUUAUUUUCAUUAAGAGAAUCACCAAAAUUUCAUGGAAUUAUUCAAACAUUUGCUAAAUGUCGUAAAGAACUUUUUAGAAAAGCUCAUAUUGCUGUACAAGAAAAUAUUAUUCUUCAUAUUGAUGACAUUUGUUUCUUAUAUAUUGAUGAGUUAAAAUCACUUGCUUUUGAUACGGAUAAUAAACAAUACGAAAAAGCAAAUUAUUGGAAAAAUUUAAUAUCUGAACGUCGUAAUCAAUAUAAUAAAGAAAUGACUCGUAAACGGGUACCGUUAAUAUUAUUAUCGGACGGGACAACAUAUUAUGAUGCUACAACUAUACCCAAUGACAAUGAUCAAGUUGAAUUAAUGGAGGGUGAAUAUAUUGGUAGUCCUGUAUCUCCGGGCAUAUAUGAAGGAAAAGUACGAAUUGUUGAUGAUCCUAUAAAUUCUCAUUUACAGCCUGGUGAAAUAUUAGUUUGUACUGCUACUGAUCCAGCAUGGACAUCAUUAUUUCCGAUUGUAGGUGCUUUAGUAUUAGAAAUGGGUGGUAUGCUUCAACAUGGUGCAAUAGUUUCGAGAGAAUAUGGUUUACCUGCGGUUGUUGGUGUUGCUAAUGCUAAAAUAAUAUUUCAUAAUGGUCAACGUAUUCAAGUAAACGGUUCUACUGGACGUAUUCAAAUUUUAUCUGAUGAAUAA